UGCCCCAGGUGUUGGUUCGAUCACUUCCCUGCUUCCACUUCACUAGAUGGUAUCAUCAUCUUCUAGCAGUGAGUGAGUAGCUACCUACCUAGCUAGUGACUGACAAGGUCCAGCUGAAAGAGACUGCACACCAGGUGUUCGAUCAUUUGCCUGACAAGGAUUCUGCAUAACUGUUUGUUGUUAACUUGUCGUUGGUUCAUCAUGUGUGCUGGAGAAGAAGUGAAGGAUUUGCAUCUGGAGACUAUAUGCUUCUUGAAGUUCUUGAUCGGGACUCAGCCAUUUGUGGAUUGUUCGAACCGCCUGCAUCAGAAGAGAUAGCGCACUACUGCAUGCACACCAGGAAUAACUGCUAAUGCUGCAAACGGAUGCAGUUCCCUGAAUGGUUCUUCAUGGAACCCAGUCAUUGGGCAGGAAGCAACUCUAUUAUCUGGGCCAAGGGCAUCAGUGAGAAGAUCUGCUGCAAGAGUACUAUGCGAGAGCAAGGGGGGAAUGAAAGCAAAGUCCAGGAGGAGCAAACUCACUUUCAGGAAAAAGACCGAAGUGGACUGAGGUUUCAGAUGGAGCUCCAAUUGCCGCUGCAUCCCCCCACAAGACACAAGGCCAUGAGGAGGAGCUCUUCAGCUGCACCUAGCCUGAAACAGGAGCAGGUAGAUGCUAGCAAUCUUCAGGAAGGUGUCCUGGGCAGCCUUGAGCUUAGGCUUGGCAUCUCUUCAGACAAUGGUCUGAGUGGUGGUGGUGGUGCUACUAGUACUGGUCCAUGGCUUGGUGUUGGAGUGCACCCAUGGAGCCUGGCUGCCAGGCAAGACAAGGCAGCCCUGGAGCAAGCUCAGCAGAGGCCUAAUGAGUGUCCUCCCGCCCAAAGAGAAGAUCGCCCUCAGCUGGUCGGGUGGCCACCAGUGCGCACGUUCCGCAAGAACCUGUGCACCCCAAGAUCUGCAUCUUCUGACGACCUGAGCAAAGUGGAACCCUGCUCUGAACAAGAAGAAGACCAUGGAAACACUGGAGUUUCAGGAGGACAUGAGAGGCCAGCCAUGUUUGUGAAGGUGAACCUGGAAGGCUAUGCCGUCGGGAGGAAGAUCAACCUGGCGGCGCACUCCGGCUACGCAUCGCUGUCUGCAGCACUGCAGAGCAUGUUCCAUGGCUUCCUGUCAGAUGGAUAUGGGAGGAUUGCCACCAGAGAUGAUGAAGAAGAUCAGCUGGGCAUGAUGAUCAAGAACUACAUCCUUCUGUACGAGGACAACGAGGGCGACCGCAUGCUCGUCGGCGACGUCCCGUGGGAGAUGUUCAUCGCAUCGGUGAAGAGGCUGUACAUAGCUCAUGACCCUAGAGCUGAUCACUGAAACCUACAGCAGCAGCAGCAAUGGUGACAGCAAGAACAGUGCUGCAGGAGGAUCAUGUGCUGAGGAAGUUUCUGUGCAUCUCUAGCAGAACUGCAAAUGACCCGUGCACGCAUCUCGAGGAGCAUGGACUGUCCAGAUAUGCAUGGCCUGCCCCUCCAAUGGGCUAGCUGCAGAACAAUCUGCAUCAAAGCUCUGAGUUAGCUCACCUGUUAAACAGAUAGUAAUUUUUGUUUUACCUUGUAGGAAGUUUUGCUUGUGCAAUCGAAUCGGGCCAGUUAAACGUUCAUGUAAAAAAUUGUUGCCGAUUAAGUGUUAAAUCCUCUUCCCCAUGUAAGCGCAUUAUGAACCUACAUGCACCUUUGCGCUUUCA